AUGAAUAAUAUACAGGACGAUGGGAAAAAUGAUCAAGGACACUGUUCCGAGGUUGGCGAUGGCUGGGAAAAGGAGUUAUGUAAACUAUUAAUAAGGAUAUUUCUUUGGAUGGAUGGAUUAGUGCAAAAACAUGAACCCGUAUAUGAAAGCAACGUAAGGUACACCACUUGGGAAAGAAGAGAGAAUGAGCGAACACGAGAAAAGGAGGUUCUGCAUUCCUAUUAUAGAUGUCUUAUAGGUAAAGUGACUAUGGUAAAAAUGUUAGGGGAUCAUUGUGACCUGGAAAAAGUAUCAACAACCGUUGCAACUCGUAGGGCAUUCAUGAGACAAAGUGUGGGAAAUACGGGGCUUGGGAAUACAAUAUGUAAUAAAGUGGAUGUCGGAAGUUUAAUAAUGGGAAAAACAUUAAUAUGGAAGGAGCUUAAGAAAUGGAUAGAUGUUUAUCAACGGCCCGGAGAUCCACAGAGAGGAUUAAAUCAAGUGAAGAAAGAAGAAAGUGCUCUGCACCUAAGAAGGAACAACGGUCAGCGGCCAAGUUGCCCAUCAGGGAACAAAAAAGGGCAAAUUAACAAAGAAGCACUGAAAAAUUUAGGAAUAGUAGUAGACCAGGAUGGAGAGCUGAAAAUAUUGGAAGACAAUGUAACGUUUGGGAAGAGUGCUCUGGAAGAAGUAGUAAAGAAGGGCCUGGAUGCAAUGCAAAUCGCUAGUGCAGUAGGGAAUGACGAACAAAAGGAGCCCCAAGUAGAGAAAACAGUGAGAAAAGCUGUGAGCAAAGCCAUUCAGGGAGUUCUAUCACCACCAGCCACUAUUAAAGAAUGGUUCACACAUUUUUCUAAGAAUGUGUCUCCUGAUGAUGCUGAUGAUUGGAAGGAAUUCCAGGCCGCAAAGACACUAUGCGAGGAAGGUAUCAAUAAAUACGAUUAUGAUGCAAAUAUGUAUAAGGAUUUCUGUGAAGUUAUGGUUAGGAAUAUUCUAUUAGUAACAAACCCAAAAAAUCAAUAUGAAAAGGAAGAGGGACAAACAACAUGUAAAAGAACCGUAAGCAACAUCCCUCUGUGCGAUUUAUUAAAAGCAUGGACAUAUUUUAUGCAUUUGUUCUGUGCUCCUAAAGAAGUUAUAGAUUACGCCUUUAACUGGGUGAAACAGGUAAGGGAAGCAUUUCGAGUAAGUCAGAACUAUGCGGAAUGUACUUAUAAUGGUCCACCUAAUAUUCCUUACGAAGACGGAAGUGAUUUGUCACCUGAAGAUCGCAACUUAUUGCUCACAAAUAUGUUGUUUUAUAAUACAAUGAGAGAAGUAACUAGCAAGGAAUGGUGUGUCAAUAGGGAUAAAUGGAAACAAAGGAGAGAGGCGCUUGAAACUCAAGCCAGUGCAGGGGCUGGGGAAGGAAUGCCUGCUCGAGUGAUCUCCACUAAUGACGAAUCAAAUAACGCGCAUAAACUUGUUAAGCAAAUUAACGAAGCAUUAAAAAAGGAACAAGCAUUAAAACAGAAGGCAGAUGAAGAAGGAGCUGAAGACGACGAAGAAGAGGAGGAAGAAGCGCAAGAGGAAGAGACACAAACGUCAGGAGACGUACAACACAACUUAAGAGAAAUCAUAGAAGAAGAACCAGCUGCUCCAGCUCCUCCAGAAGAACAAAUUCCAGCUGAGGAUACAGGAGCAGAGGAUGAUAAUAGCCAGAAGUAUAGUCCUGCUGCAACUGUUCCAGUUGCUCCUGCUGAACGAGGUAGUGGUCGGGAUGGGUCAAUUCCAUACUUUGGAAUGCUUCGUAAAGCAAGAAAACGUUACAGAAGAGCUUAUCAAAUACAUGGACCUCCAUCCUUAGAAGAACAAAUUAUGGACCAUGGUAUGGACCAAUCUGGUCCACAUGGAUAUACUUUAGUAAAGCAGCGAAAUCCAAGAUCAACACCAAGGGGAAGGAGGAAAAAACGUGCUGUUGGUCGUCGCCGUGCUGGUCGUCGUGGCGUACGUCGCCGCAUGAUUAUUGAUAUUCAUUUAGAAGUCUUAGACGAAUGUGACAAAGGGGACCUGCAUUCGAAGAAGGAGGAAUUUUUUGAAAUUCUUGUUCAAGAAUUUAUGGAUCCUAAGUUUAUGAAAGAAGAAAAUGUCCAUAAUGAACAAGUUCCUAUGGAAGACGCUCCUAAGGAACAGGUUCUAUGUUCCGAUUCCUCGUUUAGGGUUGAUGUUCCUAAGUAA